AUGGCUGAACAGGAACAAUUAGAGCAAACUUAAAAUCAAGAGGAGCAACCCGAAAAUCCUCAAUAACAAACUAAAAGAAUAGAUUAAAUAAAGGCUUAAGGCAUCAUUAAGAUUAAAUUCUCUCCUUUUGAAAAUGCAUUGAUCUUUGACUUUGAAGUUUGUUAAAACUGUGAUGAACACGCAUGGUGUACACAUCACAAUGAGGAAAAGUACGUCAAAUUAUUUUUGGAAUGCCAACAAUUAAUUGAAAGUUCCAUUCCAAAUAGCUAUUGCACUUUUAAUCAAGGAAUUUAGCCUGGAACUGGAUCUUUUGAAAUUAGACAUAAAGGUACAACAUUGAUUAAUUCAUUGAUAGGGACUCUCAUUUAUUCGAAGAAGAAUACAUAACUAUUUCCUUAACCUCCUCUAUUGGUUGAACGAAUCAAAAAAUUCAUUGAUGAUCUUGAAAAUAAGAGAGAUGUAACCAAAUGGGCCACCAAAAUAGAAGUUAAGUACUAACCUCCUAAGCAACAGAAAGAGCGACCUUCUAAACUUAAAUGA